AUGGAAAGGCUGAAAAACGUGUUCUCAUCGUCCUCGUCGGCAACAGCGAAACUAUCCAAAGCUUUCAAAUUCAACAGCGAUCAUAAUAUCUUAAGAAGGACGAAUACGAAUGGACUAGGUGGAGGGAACCCAUUCUUGGAUGGGCCGAUAUUGGAAGAGCCCUCAUUACCCAGAUCCCACCUGAUCAUUCAUGUAGUAGCUAUCUUCUUUACAUUCUUAGCGAUAUGUACGAUGGGAGCUGUAGCAGGAUUUCAAGCUAAAUGGGUUGGAGUAUCCGGUGGAACAGGAUUCACGCUUUUCCUAUUAUUACUCUCAUUCGUACUUUCAACUUUCUUAUUGGUAGUGCCCAUAGUCUAUGAUCGAUGGGAUCGAUUGAAGAGACCUGCACAAUUCUUGAAUCAAACUAGAUCAACAUUCAUCUUACAUGCCUUCGGAUCAUUCUUGAUGCUCUUAUCCGCUUUUAUCGUAACUAUCAGUGCUUGGACAGCGAAAGGAUGCAAGAACCCUGAUGACGAUCCUAAUGCAGAUUUGGGAGAUGAUUUCAAGAAUGGUUUGAAAGAUUGGUGCACUACCAAAAAAGCUUCUGCUAUCUUUGACUGGUUUUCAUUCGGCGCCUGGGCAGCUCUCCUAGUUCUCACCGCAUUGGUAUUCCGUAAAGAACGAUGUUCCAACCGACAUCGCGAACCAGCUUUCAUUCCACCUGAAUCUACUGGCGUAUCAUACUCCAACAUCCUUCAAGCCGAUGACGAGCGAUAUGCUGAUAAAGGGGACUCACACGCAAAUGAAACUCCCAUCACGGCUUCAAAUGGAUAUGGCUAUUCUCGAACGAACGUUCCUUCUUCCGUGGGGGGUAUGCAAGAUCACAAUGCGUUGAGUAGACCUAGUGUAGAUGCCUAUGGGGCGUUCGACGGUGAUAUGCCUGGAGGUACUAAUCAGCAUUCCUUGUUGAGCGACAAUUCCGGACAGAGUAGGACGAUGCAGUUGGCUUAUACUGAUCCAUAUGCUCAAAUCAGAGCAUCUUUAAUGAGCCCCACUUCCUCUCAAUCAGGUUAUGCAGCUCAACAACAAGCUCCUCAACAGUUAUAUGGGAAUGGUGGAUUACCCAAUCCACCUGCCUAUGGGGGAUAUAGAUAA